GGAUUUCUUUCUCUUCAUUUUUAAAAUACGCCAAACAAACCCUAACUUUCUCUCUUCCAACAGUUCAAAAAUUUUCAUCUCAAUUCACUUUCUCAGUACCCAGAAGGGUUUUCAGUUUCUAGGGUUCUUCAAUCAAUGAAUUUCUGACGUUUUCUAUCUAAAGUAGAUGAAUUUCUCAUUCUCUUUCUCGCUUUACUUUCUCUCUCUGCUGUUUCUCAUCUCCUCUGCCUUGUCUGAGUUGGAUUCCGAGCUGGGUUCUCUUCUGGAGUUCAAGAAGGGUAUCAAAGCUGAUCCCUUGAACAAAGUCUUCUCCACAUGGGAUCGUUCGGCUAAACUGGAUUCUUGGACUGGGGUCACCCACGACCCAAAUUCUGGGUCUGUCAUCGGCGUCGAUUUAAGCAACUUGGGUCUUGUUGGGGAUCUCAAGUUCAACACACUAACUCCACUCAAGAACCUCCGCAACUUUUCUAUCUCUGGUAAUGCGUUCACGGGUCGGCUGCCACCUGCAUUGGGCACAAUGACUUCGCUUCAGUGCCUGGAUCUGUCAAAUAACCAGUUUGUGGGUACGAUCCCAGCUCGGAUCACUGAGCUUUAUGGGUUGAAUUACUUGAAUUUAUCUCAGAACAAGUUUGAAGGAGGAUUUCCGGCUGGGUUUCGAAAUUUGCAGCAACUAAAGGUGUUGGAUUUACACGGCAAUGCAUUUCAGGGUGAUGUUGGUGACCUUUUGAGUGAAUUGAGGAAUGUUGAACACGUCGAUUUGAGUUACAACCAGUUUUAUGGGGGUUUACCAGGUGCCGUGCAAAACAUUUCGAGCUUGGCCAAUACGGUUCGAUAUGUGAAUUUGAGUCACAACUACUUGAACGCUGAAUUUUUUGUGAGGGAGGAAAUUACAUUGUUUAGAAACCUGGAGGUUUUGGAUUUGGGUGAUAAUCACAUUAAUGGAGUGCUUCCAGCUGGUUUUGGGUCGUUGCCAGGUUUGCGGGUUUUGAAGUUGGGAAACAAUGAACUCUAUGGGGCUGUGCCUGUCGACUUGUUGGAGGGUUCUGUUCCGAUGCAGGAGUUGGAUCUCAGUGGCAAUGGAUUUACGGGUUCAAUUCUAGUAAUUAACUCUACAAGUUUGAAUAUUUUGAAUCUUUCAUCAAAUCAGUUAUCUGGAGAUUUGCCCUCUACUGUGAGAAGCUGUGUUAUACUGGAUUUGAGCAGAAACAUGAUCUCUGGUGACAUAUCUGUUAUGGAGAACUGGGAAGCCUCUUUGGAGGUUCUUGAUUUGAGUUCAAACAAGUUGGAAGGAAGCAUUCCAAACUUGACUUCUCACUUUGAGGGUUUAACCACGUUUAAGAUUGGGAAUAAUUCUGUUGUUGGUAGCUUGCCUUCUCUAUUGGAUGCCUGUCCAAGGCUGUCUGUUGUUGACCUCAGUUUAAAUCAACUUAGUGGGCCCAUUCCGAGUAGUUUCUGCUCUUCAAUGACUUUGAAAGACCUGAAUCUUUCUGGAAAUCUUUUCACUGGGCCUAUUCCUCUUCAGAGUUGGCAUGUGAAUGAAUUACUUGUCCUUUCUUCUUCUCCACUGUUGGAGUCUCUUGAUCUCUCCAGUAAUUCCUUAGUAGGUGGGUUGCCUCCCCAGAUAGGUAACAUGGAAAGGCUCAAAUUGCUAAGCCUUGCAAAUAACAAGUUAUCUGGCCAUCUGCCAAGUGAAUUAAGCAAAUUGACUGACUUGGAAUGCCUUGAUUUAUCUGGAAACAAAUUUAAGGGCAAAAUUCCUGACAAGCUUCCAUCCAGCCUAAUUCAAUUUAAUGUUUCCCAUAAUGAUCUAUCAGGUCUUGUUCCAAAAAACUUAAUUGGCUUCCCUAUUUCUUCAUUUUAUCCUGGAAAUGCAUUGCUAAUUCUCCCUAAUGGUAAAGACAGGCCGUCAACAGGGUCUGUUCAAAGUCAGAUCCCCAUUCAAGGACAUCAUAGGCCAAAGGGUAAUAUUAAAGUAGCAAUAAUUUCUGCCUCGGUUGUAGCAGCUAUGAUGAUUGUUUUUUUCCUGUUUGCCUACCAUCGGGCACAUUAUAAAGAAUUUCAGGGAAGAAGUGGAUUUUAUGACCAGACUGCUGGGAGAGAUGCAACAGCAGGAAGACUUUUGCGACCUUCCUUUCCCAAAUUCCACUCAAAUAUUCAGCACCAGCAACCUUCAUUGGGUUUUUCAAAUGACCACUUGCUCACUGCAAAUUCCCGGUCAUUAUCUGGGCAGCAAGAGUUUGUUGCUGAAAUUGUUGAGCAUGGUGCUUCUCAGAGAGUGGUGAGUGAUUCAGCAUCUGCCUAUCCUAAUUUGCUAGAUGAUCAGCCUGCAACAUCUGGAGGUAAAUCAUCACCUGGUUCUCCAUUACCGUCAUCACCACGUUUCAUUGAAGCGUGUGAACAGCCUGUAAUGUUGGAUGUCUACUCACCAGAACGUUUAGCUGGAGAACUUUUCUUCCUGGAUUUAUCACUGGCAUUCACUAUUGAGGAGUUAUCUCGAGCUCCAGCAGAAGUUCUUGGAAGAAGCAGUCAUGGGACUCUUUAUAAAGCCACUCUCCAUAAUGGAUAUGUGUUGACUGUGAAGUGGUUGCGGGUAGGACUGGUCAAGCAUAAGAAAGAAUUUGCUAGGGAAGUUAAAAAGAUAGGGUCUAUAAGGCAUCCGAACUUUGUUCCAGUGCGAGCGUACUAUUGGGGACCAAGGGAACAAGAAAGGCUUCUUCUAGCUGACUACAUCCAAGGCGAUAGCUUGGCUCUACACCUUUAUGAGACAACUCCUAGGAGGUACUCCCCAUUAUCAUUCAGCCAAAGACUAAAAGUUGCUGUGGAAGUUGCCCGAUGUCUGUUAUACCUUCAUGAUAGAGGCCUGGCACAUGGAAACCUAAAGCCAACAAACAUUGUCCUUGCUGGACCUGAUUACCAUCCUCGCCUCACUGAUUAUUGUCUUCACCGCCUUAUGACAUCAACUGGCAUUUCAGAGCAGAUAUUGAACUUGGGAGCUCUCGGAUACCGUGCUCCAGAACUCGCCACAGCAUCUAAACCAGUCAUGUCACUCAAGGCCGAUGUGUAUGCAUUUGGGGUGAUCCUGAUGGAAUUGUUAACCCGAAAAAGUGCUGGUGACAUUAUCUCAGGUCAGUCAGGAGCUGUAGAUCUUACAGACUGGGUUCGGCUGUGUAAUGAGGAAGGACGAGGGAUGGACUGUAUUGACAGGGACAUUGCAAGCGGGGAAGAGCACACGGAAGCCAUGGAUGACUUACUUGCCAUAUCACUGAGGUGUAUUCUUCCUGUUAAUGAGAGGCCUAACAUUAGACAAGUCCUAGAUAAUCUCUGUUCAAUGUCUGUUUGAAAAUUUUGUACAUGCGUCUUGGAAUUCAUUUUUUAAGUUCCUUGACCCAAUCGGCAUUCUUUUUUUUUUUUCUUUCUUUAAUUGAUUUCUGGCCUCAUGAAUUUUGGGUAUUCAUCACAUUUCUUUCCUGAAAGUUUUCUUGUAAAGGGACGACUGACAUCCAUUGAUUAUAUGACAGUGCACUCGGUCUUCAACAGAAAAGGGUUAGGUUUGGCUUGGGAGUGCUAGUCUAGUUGCCUUGGUAGAUCUUUUAGUCUGUCUUUCUUUCUUUCUUUCUUUUUUUAACAUUAAAUGAUAGAAUAUAUG